ACUGCUGAUUGGAAACGAGUCACAUGCAUGUGAAGAUGGCGGAGCAGCGACUGUCAACAAUCCCGUGUCCCAUCCAGGAUUCACCACUUUCACAAAGUUUGGAUGCGUCGGGGGUCUCUGACAGAGAACACGUUCAAGAUAAAACCGGACAUGUUCCCGGCACCCCGGAUGAGUCGUUCUCUCCGACAUCUGUCAUCUAUUUUAAAGAGGCUCUGAGUUCAACCAACAUUUCUUUUGAGAAGACUGGAUUGUCAUCUCCUACUUCUUCUGUUCAACAUGAACUGGAUAUCAAGAGUACGUCGAAGAAUCCGAAGGACCCUAUAGCCAUCGAGCGGUUGAACCUGAUGAACAUGGCUAAGCUGAGCAUCAAGGGUCUGAUUGAGUCGGCCCUGAACCUGGGCAGGACCCUGGACUCUGACUAUGCUCCGUUACAGCAGUUCUUCGUGGUCAUGGAGCACUGCCUCAAACACGGACUCAAAACCAAGAAGACGUUCCUGGGGCAGAACAAGUCUUUCUGGGGGGCCCUGGAGCUGGUGGAGAAACUCACCCCUGAGGCUGGAGAGAUCACCGCCAGCGUCAAGGACCUGCCAGGACUCAAAACCCCGUUAGGAAGAGGGCGGGCCUGGCUGCGAUUGGCCCUGAUGCAGAAGAAGCUGUCGGACUACAUGAAGACCAUCAUCAACAGAAAGGACCUGCUCAGUGAGUUCUACGAGGCCAAUGCGCUCAUGAUGGAGGAGGAGGGAGCUGUGAUCGCCGGGCUGCUGGUUGGGUUGAACGUCAUCGAUGCCAACCUCUGUAUGAAAGGAGAAGACCUGGACUCACAGGUCGGGGUGAUAGACUUCUCCAUGUAUCUUAAGGAUGGAGGUCACAGCAGCAAGACUGUAGAAGGGGAUGGACAGAUCACAGCCAUCCUGGACCAGAAGAACUACGUUGAGGAGCUCAACAGACACCUGAGUGCUUCGGUCAACAACCUGCAGGCCAAAGUGGACACUAUGGAGAAGUCCAACACCAAGCUCACUGAAGAGCUUGCAGUAGCCAACAACCGGAUCAUCACCCUACAAGAGGAUGUAGAACGAGUCAAGGAGGAGAGCUCCUACCAGUCCAGUCGCAAGGCGUCGCGGUCAGGGGACGGCUUGGCAGACGGCCAGGUGCUAGGAGAGGCACGCAAACAGCUUAAGGAGGAAACUCUGCUACGAUUGGAUGUAGAGAAGGAGUUGGAGGUUCAGAUUGGUAUGAAGCAGGAGAUGGAGCUGUCUAUGAAGAUGUUAGAGACGGAUAUGUGUGAGAAACAGGAUGCUCUGGUGGAACUACGACAACAGCUGGAUGAUCUCCGGACCCUCAACCUGCAGCUAGCGCAGAAGUCCCAGAGCUCGGAGGUGAGCGCCAAGCAGAAGAGUGAGGUCAUCAGUCGCCUAGAGGAGAAGACCAAUCAGAUGGCUGGGACUAUUAAACAGCUAGAGAUCAGUGAGGAAGACUGUGUGAAGCAGGCCAGAAGCUUGAGUUCCAACGCAGAGAAACUGCUUCAGAAGCAACAGUAGUCCUCCCUCCCCUCUCCUCUGUUCCCCAGAAUGACACCCACAUCAUAGUUUGAUAAACCCUGAUCCAAAUCAGAAAAAACAAUAUUAAAUAUAAAAUAUUUGCAUAAUAUAGAAAUGACUUAAAGGGUUACUUCAGGAUUUUGGCAGUGAGGUCAUGUCUACUUCCCUAGAGUUAGAUGAACUUGUGGAUACCAUUUUGUAUGUCUCCGCGUGCAGUUUGAAGGAAGUUGCAAACUAGCGCUAGCGCAAUUGCUAACUAGCAUUAGGGCAAUGACUGGAAGUCUAUGGUAUCUGCAAUCAUGCUAACUAAUGUUAGCGCAAUGACUGGAAUGCAAUCGGGUCUGCUAGCAUAUACCAUAGACUUCCAGUCAUCGUGCUAACGCUAGUUAGCAACUUUCUUCAAGCUGCACACAGAGACAUGAAAAUGCUGUCCACGAGUUCAUCGAACUGUAGGGAAGUAGAUAAAGGACCUUAUUGCCGAAAUAUCCGGACUAUCCCUUUAACUAGGUUACUUAUUUUUUGGUAUGACAUCUGUUGCGGUUCCUUUCCUUCUCUAGUGUUAAAUUACAUUUUCUUUCCUAAACCUCUACUCUCCUGACUGAUAUAGUCUCUCUGGCUUCCUCUAGCCUGGUUUUCUGUUCUUCCGUGUGUUUUUCUGUCGGUAUACAGUGCAGAGCAGCAGUCCAUUCUGCUCGCUGGGUUUCAGGACUUUCGCUUGGGUUCAUUCCGUAAAGAAUGAAGAUAUCAGAUCCCCCCCACACAUGUAAUGAAUGUUCCCUAAUACAAGACUUCGAUGGGAUGUCAGCCAUUUCCGGGAAGAGAGAUGGGUGUACUGUUCUGAAAUGUGAAUGGAUGCUGUUGGUUCUUGUAAAUCGAUCCCCUGAAGCCCCCCCUACACUCAAUAAUUGGCAAGAAUUUACAAAAUACCAUAAAGAUCAAUUUAUCAAAAAUAAACGACAAAAUACUUCAAAUACAUGUAUUUUGUAUUUGUAUACAGAAAUACAUUUGCAAGUAGCCGGCCCGAACAGCAACAGCAUCCUCAGCAAUGGUGACAGAAUCGUUUUACUUGCUAUGACUGUGAUGUGUUGUUUUCUACCUUAGUUGAACUGUAAAGACGUGUGCUUCCCUUCCCAAACACUAAGGACAGUUCAUGCAUGUAUAUUAUGAUGACAUUUUGGGAUGUUUUUUUCUUCUAAAAUUGCUGGACUAGGAUCUCCUCGGCAAAAAAACGCCAAUGACGAAUUUCUUGAGUUAGCUUAGAUUCAUUCUUACUAUUUUGAGGAAGUGUUUACUGGCUACGGCGUCUUAAGAUGGACAAACAGUACUAUUGUCACUUUUUUUUCCUCUUUUUUUCAAGCAAAGGACUUAAGGAAGUAAGCGAGCACACUAGUUUAGCCAGGCGCCAGCCAAAACAGGAUGCGGAAGGCUUAAGUGACCAAAAUAUUAUGAAAAUGAACAGACCAAAAUGAACUGCAAAGCACACUGGGUAUUAUUAUUGGCCUUUUUUUUAUGGGGCGGAGCUCAUUCAAAUAAUACUCAGCAUGCUUUGCAAUUGUUCAUUUUUACAUACACAUUUAAUUUAAUUUUUACCUUUAUUUAACUAGGCAAGUCAGUUAAGAACACAUUCUUAUUUUCAAUGACGGCCCUAGGAACAGUGGGUUAACUGCCUGUUCAGGGGCAGAACGACAGAUUUGUACCUUGUCAGCUCGGGGGUUUGAACUCGCAACCUUCCGGUUACUAGUCCAAUGCUCUAACCACUAGGCUACGCUGCCGCCCCAUGUAUGUUUAGUUCAUUCAGCAGACGUUCUUAUCACACCGUAGUGCCAUCAGACUACUGAUACCAAUGCAGGGUGAAAAGGGGCCACAAGAUCAUGAAUCGCUAUUUGAAAGAAAAAAAAAAUGUUAUAGAAAAGUAUUUUCAAUUUCUGAAAAUACGAAUGACAUCUUUCGAAAGUAUCUUGUUACAGAAUACAUUGGAGUGUCAUUCAGGUUGGGGAAAUACAAAUUGACAAAAUACUUAAGUAAUUGAAAUAGAUAUUUCAAAUAUAGCCCAUCUCUGCAUAGGUCCUUAGAUCAGACUAUAAGGACCGUAGGCUAUACCUCAGAGCCGUUCACUAUAUAGAUACAGUGGGGUGUGAAAUUAUUGACACGCUUGGAUAAGAUGAGCACUAAUUACCGUAUUAAAGAAAUCAUACUUAGCUAUAUUGUAUGCUCCCCAAAAAAUGUGGUUAUUAUUUUAUACAAAUACAAUUGCUCAGAGAAAAACAUUUUGUUUAACAAGUAAUCUAUUUUAUAUUGUGGCUAAUUUCACAUUUUCUUUGUGGAUUUUGAUGUGUGCUUGGGGUUAUUGUCUUGCUGGAAAUCCCACUUGUGGUCAUGUUUCGGUCUUCUGUCAGAUGCAACCAGGUUUAUUGGCUAAAUGUCCUGGUUCUGGUCUCAUUUCAUGAUGCUAUUGAGCCCCAAAACAUCAAAGAUCCACCAUCAUAUUGUACAGUAGUUCCGGGUUUAUUUUCUGCUCGAACAUUCUCAUUUAGACACUAAACCCACCACUGGUGUGUGGCCAAGGUGCUCCGUGUUCCUGUCAUCCAACAAAUGUAAACGUCGGGAGUUUGAUAAACGGCCCUUGUUAAGGUCAAUGGCCUCAUGGAACUCUACCCAGUCUCUGGCUGUGAAACCCACUGAAAACAUCUGAUUUGAAUUAAAAAAAGGUCUGUCUCACUGUAUCCCCCAUCCCUAUUGAAAACAGGGUGGUUAAUCAUUUUGACACCUAGAAAAAAAAUGGAUUACUUGUUUAAACAAAAUCUAUUUUUCUGAGUGAUUAAAAAAAAAAAAAAAAAAAAAAGUUUAAAAUAAUAUAUCUCUCUUUGUUGCAUACAAUAUAUCUCAAAAUGUAUUAUGUACAGUCACUUUUUGCACAUGUUUAUCAAAAGUGUCAAUACUUUAUGACCCCACAGUAAAUACCAUAGGAAUGCAUAUUGUUCCGGAACAAUAUGCAUUCCUGUGUUCUGAGAGCAGCCCGACAGACAGCGGUCCGUAGACCAGCCACCAAGCCCAACUCGAGUCUAAAGGUUAAAAAAAGAUCUGGGCUCCUGAAACAUAACACAGUAAUUCUAGUAUGAUGACGUCUGAACCAUUACAGUACACACAGUUUGUAGGUCUGCUUUCUCCUCUAAUCUGAAUUUCGUCAAAACAAAAUAUAAUCUUUAUCAUUCAGAUCAUCGUUCUUCUAUUCCCUACCGAUUGAUUUUUAACAUGGUCUUACUGCUAAAAGAUAUAUUGUUUUUUGGGAAUCUCACCCCAGAGCACUGAACAGCACAUCUACUGUUUGAACAGCAACCCAAAUCACCAUGUAAGGAUGUACUGGUUGUGUGAAAGGUCAGUCCAGGUCAGAAUGAGAACGCAAAGUUAAAAGGAAAUGACUUGUAUAUGUGGUUCUAUUACCUUAGAUGUCAACUGUAGUCCAAUACUAGCAUAAUAAAACCAUAUUCCAGACAAA